CCCAAUCCGGCUGGGAGGAGAAGUGGAAUUUGGAGGACAAAGAGAACACCAGACGGAGAGAUCUAUCCAUCCAACUAGCCAUCAGAAAGAGAGAGAGAGAGAGGAAGAGGGGAGAAAGAAGGUGAAAGAGGGAUCGAUCAAGGAACACGGGAGAGGAAGGAGGGAGGGAGAGGGGUUGGGGAAGAUGAAAGGGUGCGAGCUGUGCGAGAGGGCGGCUCGGAUGUACUGCGAGUCGGAUCAGGCGAGCCUGUGCUGGGAGUGCGACGCCAAAGUCCACGGCGCCAACUUCCUGGUGUCCCGCCACUCCCGCUGCCUCCUCUGCCGGAGCUGCGAGGCCCCUACUCCAUGGAGGGCCUCCGGCGCCAGGCUCGGCCCCGCCGUCUCCAUCUGCGAGCGCUGCUGCCUCCAAGCGAAGCAACGGCGACAAGAAGACCACGAAGGGGAUGAUGAUGGUGAGUUCGGCGAAGAAAAAGAUGAUGAGGAGGACGAAGGAGACGAUCAGAUGAAGGAUGACGAGGGAGAAGACCAGGCAGAGGGAGAAGGAGAAGGAGAAGGAGACGGGGACGAAGAAGAGGACGAGGAGGAGGAUGGGGAUAAUCAGGUGGUGCCAUGGUCGCCGACGCCGCCGCUGGUGGCGAGUUCCUCCAGCAGCGAGGAAUCCUCCGGCCGGAUUUGCAUUGGGUUCUUAAAGCGGAUGCGGGAGAGCGCGGAUCUCGCCUCGCGGGGAUCUCUCCUGACGGCCUCUCCGCAGGAUCACGGCAUCCGCUGCUCGUCCUCCGAGCCGAACUACCUCGCGUCAGCGCCGGCCCCGGCGCCGUCGAUCCCGGCUCAAGCGAUCUUCGAGGACGAGGCCACCACCUUCGCGGGCUCCAGCUCUCUCCGCCCCUCCAAGGACCGCAAGAAGGCCGUGCUACUCUGCUCGGCUCCGUCGGUUCAAGCCGCCCCUUCUCCACCCGUCAAGCCCAAGUCCACCACCGCCACCGACUCUUCCGCGGCCGCCGUCGUCGACGUCCGCCACCGUAGAGAUUCCCGCGCCGUCGAUCUCGCACCCUCCAGCUCCCCCAGUCCUGCGAUCUGAAAUGGCGUUGUUGAUGGGCCAUCCCUAGAUCCUGUGGACUGCUGCUCACUAGUUUUUAUUCUCUGACACUUUUCAAUUCGGGAAAAACAAAAAUUGGUUAGACCCCAGAUAUAUAUAUAUAUAUAUAUAUAUAUAUAUAUAUAUAUAUAUAUAUAUAUAUAUAUAUAUAGCUACUAACCAUAUUUAUUUACAUGGUAGCCACUGCUUCGCUUAAAAGCUCUCACUUCUUAGUUGCACUAAGAGACCGGUGUGUGGGGGUAAAUUUUGUACCAAAAUUUGUGUGUAUACCGAAUAGAAACAUUGAGAAUGGGAAUGUUUGUCUUAUUCAUUUUUUUUUUGUCCUCUUUAGUAGCACGAUAGCAGCCUUGUCUGGUUAAGUUC